GUUUCGAUUUAAGGAUCUGAGCGGACACAAUGAAUGAGGAUCUAGCCGUGCGUCUGAACAGGAGAGAGUACACAAACUGGCUGAAAGCAGGCCAGUGUUUGUACAUUCUAAAGGACGCCAUCCUUCCUUUCAUCGAUGAGCAAAUGCGAGCUUUUCACGGAGGUUUGCUCCGUGAAAAGCCUCGUCUUCGGGAACACUGUCAGAACUCAUGUCAUCCCAGGAAUAUUGAGCUUUCCCAGGCGUGCCGCCUGUGUUUAGAGUGGAAGUCUGAGAUCCUGAAGCAUCACAUACAACGUCAUCCCACUCUCUACUGGGGCAACUGUACACCAUCUUCAUGGAGGACAGACCACUGGGAGGUGGCUAAGGCCUACAUGCCACGAGGUCAGGUGCAUGUGACAGCGGAGACGUGUGAUCCUUCUGCUCUGCUCAACCUCAUCAACUACUGUGACUGGUUUGCAUCUGUCAAUGUGAAAACAACGUAUGUAAGAGAACUGAUCAAAUGCAGGAAUGAGUUGAUGCAUUCCGGCAACCUGGGUGUGACGGAUCAGUGGAUGAAAAACUUCAAAGUUGCCAUGAAGCGUUUCCUGCAACUGUUCAGACACGUACCCUGCAUGGCACCAGCUGAAGAAAAAAUAAAUCAGAUGUUGGCUGUUGACUUGUCAAUAUUUGCGACCGGCUUGCACGCUGUGGAUUCUACUGACAUGCAUGCAUUGGAUUCUGAUUCUGUGAGCAAACCCGAUAUCAGCCUUGACCUCAUCAGCCAAUGGGAGGCUGACUUGCUGCAGGAGAGGCUGCGGGAGUUGCGGCACACCGCUGAAGAACCAACAACGGACAAGGAGCAGCUGAAGAUGCUGGAUGGCUUCCUGCAGGAAAAUAAAGAUCUGAGCGAGAGGUUUUGUGCAGAGCUGCAGGCCAUCGGCUCGCUGGCGGCCUGCAACUGGAAGAGUUGAAAAGUUGAAUGACGAGCGGCCGAGAUAUUUUCACCAAAGUUGAGGAAGUAUCUCAGUUGAUUCUCAAUAAUUUCUACUUUUGGGUUUUCUAUGAAGGAAUUGUUUUUUACGCCUCAGGCAAAUCUGAUGUUCAUCUCAGCGAUGUUUUGAAUAUUAUUACUUAAAUUGUGCUUGUGCUCUGAUCAAUGCUAAUACGGUAUUUUAAUCAUGAAAUGUGUACAAUUGUUAUGCAAGGAUGGGUUUUAUAACACAGCUAUACGUCCAAACUGUUAGGGUUAGGGUUACUUUAUGUUAGCAUUUUUUCAUUUUGAUACUAUAGAUCUUGACAUCUUGACUUACAUACAAUCAUCCUUGGGCUUAUUAGGGCUCAAGCACUGACAGUGCGAAAGCCCUAUUGUAAUCGUAAUGUUUCUUCUUCUUAUUAUUAUUAUUCUUCCGACGAAAUAUUGCCAUUUUGAGGGCCCGAAAACUCACCAAAUUUGGCAAGCGCAUCAGGUCUGGUGAAUAAUUUGAUAUUUUAGGGGUUUCAAAUAUAAUGUUCCAAAAUUGGCUAGCGCCACCUUGAAAUUAAAAAAAAAUUAGCCCCUGCUAAUUGGCAUUUUAUGCCAUUUUGGGGUGCUUCCGGGGCCCCUGUUGAGUGUGUGUGAGGUUUCCACUGUGUUUUUGACCAGAAAAGUGCAUUAGAAGCAAGUUGAAAAAAAUUGAAAAAAAACGAUACCCCCCCCCCCCCCCCCCCCUUCCCUUACGUUUUUUGUCAAAAAUCGCAAAAUUCAAACUCUGGCAUUUUAUGCCAUUUUUGGGUGCUUCUGGGGCCCCUGUUGAGUGUGUGUGAGGUUUCCACUGUGUUUUUGACCAGAAAAGUGCGUUAGAAGCAAGUCGAAAAAAAAUGAAAAUAACGAUGCAAA